AUGCCGCGCGCGGGUGACUCCCACAAUGCGCCUGGGCUCGCACACAAUGCUGCAGCUGGCGGACCUCCCGCCGCCCCUCCCUUCCCCCCCCCUUUCCCCCUCCCUUCCCCAUGCACAUUGAAAUCAACCAACCAAUCAUGCGAGCAGGUGACCCCCAUUAUGCGCCUGGGCGCGCACACAACGCUGCAGCUGGCGGACCUCCCCCCACCCCCGCGCACCUGGCGCGCGGAUUGGCUGGACGCGCAAACGGCAUGCAUCAUGGACGGGGAGCAGGGGGGAAGGGGGCGGAAGGAGGAGGAGUAUUUUGAAGGGGAGGGGGAGGAGAGGGGGCGGAAGGAGGAGUAUAUUGAAGGGGAGGGGGAGGAGAGGGGGCGGAAGGAGGAGGAGUAUAUUGAAGGGGAGGGGGAGGAGAGGGGGCGGAAGGAGGACGAGCAGUGUGAAGGGGAGCAGGGGGAAAGGCGGGCGGGGAGGGGAAGCGGUCAGUUGGUGGUGUCGGGCGGAUGGAAGGCAGGGGGCAGGGGCAGAGGGAAGUGGCCGUUUUGGGCUGUUCUGUAUUGGCCGCACCGGUGGGCGCUGUUGCUGCUCGCAGUGAUGUUUCUCGGGGAGUCGAUGCUGCAUGUCGUCAAGGCCGUGCUUCUGUAUCGCAUAAUCGCCUUCCUGGAAGCGUGUGACAGCAGUAGCAGCAGUGACGGCAGCAGCUGUGUGGAAGGGCAGUGCGGGUCCAUUGAAGGGUAUCUCACGGCAGCAGGGCUGGGCGCACUGGCCGUGGCGCUGGCCGUGGCGACCCAGCACCUGUGCUACCGCGCAUACGUCUCCCCUCCCCCUUCCGACCCCUCCACCAGGUCACCUACCUGGAAGGCCCAAGCUCCCAGCCUCUGCCACCCAAACUCGGCCAAACUGCUUUUGCUUAUUUUCGCCCAUCCCCCCACCCUUCCCCCAACUGUUCUCCCCACACCGGUCUUCCUCCCCUUCCCUCCCACACGUUCCAUCUCCUUCUCUUCCCCUGCAGUGCACCGCCACCUCCUCACACUCACCGCCAGCGCGCUGAGCCACGUCAGCAGUGGGCACUGUAUCAACCUGCUGUCCAAUGACGUGCGCCGAUUGGACGACCUGGUGUUCUGCAGCCAGGCGCUCUGGGUGCUUGUGUUGGUCACGUGGCUGGUAGCGAGGGAGAUUGGAUGGGUGCCCACCAUCGCUGGCAUUGCCACUCAACUGCUGCUUCUUCCGCUACAGGUUCGUCCUCUGAAACUUGGCUAUGGUAGAGCUUGUGGUUGUCACGUGGCUGAUAUUGAGGGAUAUCGAUCGGAUGGGUGCCCACCAUCGCUGGCAUUGGCACGCAUCUGCUGCUGCUUCCGCUCCAGCUGCUUCCUUUCUCCCACAUGCACGCUGCUCUCUCCCUCCCAAACAACCGAGCAAUACCAGCUGGCAUGUGGGAAGUGGAGGGUGUGGCUGCGGGCAAAAACUGCGGAGGCCACUGAUGCACGCGUCAAGCACACAGAAGAGGUGGGCGGUUGGGGAGGAGGGAGAGGGAAAGAGUGGGGAUGGGGGAGGGGACGAGGAGGGUUGGAUGGGGGAGGGGAGGAGAGGGGUUGGGCUCUGGGCGGCAUCCUGGCUGUGAAGACGCUGGCUCUGGAAGGCAUGCUCCUAACAUCCUUCAAUUCUCCCUUUUCCUCUCCCUUUUCGUCCCUCUCACCCUCGCCCGCCCCUCCACCCCCCCUCGCUCUCAAACACCUGCAGUGGACAGCCGCCCUCAACGCCAUGAUGGCUGCACUCUACUUCUCAUUCACCUCUGUGGUUGCUUUUGAGUCGUCUAUUAAUCCCCUCCAUCCUCCCGUUCCCCUCCUUUCUACCAGCCUGCAGUGGACAGCCGCCCUCAACGCCGUGACGGCUGCACUCUACUUCUCAUUCACCUCCGUGGUUGCUUUUGAGUCGUCUAUUAAUCCCCUCCAUCCUCCCUUUCCCCUCCCGUCUACCAGCCUGCAGUGGACAGCCGCCCUCAACGCCGUGACGGCUGCGCUCUACUUCUCAUUCACCUCCGUGGUCGCCCUCGUCACCUUCGCCACCUUCACGUGCCUCGGAGGUCAACUCACCGCAGCCUCUGUGUUCUACGUGCUUACUCUCCUCGAGGUGCGCUGCACCUCUCCUUGCUUUUAUGCACCUUGA